AGGCGGGACGGAAAGUUUGUCCGGCUGCGGCUGCCGAGGCGGGGACUCGGCGGGGGAGAUGCACGCCCAGUCCCCCAGCGCCCCCAGCUCUCCUCGGGAGCCCUGGUCGCCAUGGGCCGACCUUCACUCCUCCUGCCCCUGUGUGCCUCGGUGUCCUUGCUGGGUGGCCUGACCUUUGGCUAUGAACUGGCAGUCAUAUCGGGUGCCCUGCUGCCGCUGCAGCUUGAUUUCGGGCUGAGCUGCUCGCAGCAGGAGCUCCUGGUGGGCAGCCUGCUCCUGGGGGCUCUCCUCGCCUCUCUGGUAGGCGGCUGCCUCAUCGACCGCUAUGGCCGGAAGCAAGCCAUCCUGGGGAGCAACUUGGUGCUGUUGGCAGGCAGCCUGAGCCUGGGCCUGGCCGGCUCCCUGGCCUGGCUGCUCCUGGGCCGCUCGGUGGCUGGCUUUGCCAUCUCCCUCUCCUCCAUGGCCUGCUGCAUCCACGUAUCCGAGCUGGCGGGCCCUCGGCAGCGGGGAGUGUUGGUGUCCCUCUACGAGGCAGGCAUCACCGUGGGCGUCCUGCUCUCCUAUGCGCUCAACUAUGCCCUGGCCGGCGCCCCCAGGGGAUGGAGGCAUAUGUUUGGCUGGGCCGCUGCGCCCGCUCUCCUGCAGUCUCUCAGCCUCCUCUUCCUGCCCGCUGGUACAGCUGGCGCUGCAGCCCGCAAGGACCUCAUCCCAUUGCAGGGAGGCGAGGCCACGAAGCUGGACCCCGGGAGGCCGAGAUACGCCUUUGUGGACCUCUUCAGGGCCCGGGAUAACAUGCGAGGCCGGACCGUCGUGGGGCUGGGGCUGGUGCUUUUCCAGCAGCUGACCGGGCAGCCCAACGUGCUCGCCUACGCCUCCACCAUCUUCCGGUCGGUCGGCUUCCGGGGAGGCUCCUCCGCUGUGCUGGCCUCCGUGGGGCUCGGUGCGGUGAAGGUGGCGGCUACCCUGACGGCCAUGGGGCUGGUGGAUCGAGCCGGCCGCAGGGCGCUGCUGCUCGCCGGCUGUGCCCUCAUGGCCCUGUCGGUCAGCGGCCUCGGCCUCGUCAGCUUUGCUGUGCCCCUGCACUCGGGCCCGGCUUGCCUGGCCGUGCCCAACGCCACCAGGCUGUCGGGGCUCCCUGGAGACCCCAGCCUGCCCAGGGGCUUGGCUCCACCUCUGCCGCCCACGACCGACCAGAGCCCCAGGCGGCCAAUCUUGUCAACCUCUGAGAGAACCAGGCCUCCUCCGGGAGCCAAGGACCCUACAGCCAUAAGCCUCACUCCCGCUGGAGGCCUUUCGCCCGCCCCCGAGCACGCCCUGCUGCACUGGACCGCGCUGGUCUGCAUGAUGGUCUUUGUGAGCGCCUUCUCCAUUGGCUUUGGACCCGUGACCUGGCUUGUCCUCAGCGAGAUUUACCCCGUGGAGAUCCGAGGGAGGGCCUUUGCCUUCUGCAACAGCUUCAACUGGGCUGCCAACCUCUUCAUCAGCCUCUCCUUCCUCGACCUCAUCGGUGCCAUUGGCUUGUCCUGGACCUUCCUGCUGUACGGGCUGACCGCUGUCUUCGGCCUGGGCUUCAUCUAUUUAUUUGUCCCGGAAACAAAAGGCCAGUCGUUGGCAGACAUAGACCAGCAAUUCCAGAAGAGAUGGUUCCCCGUGAGCUUUGGCCAUAGGCAGAGCUCGGCUGGCGUCCAGUAUAGUCGUAUCGAGGUCUCCGCAGCCUCCUGAGGGGGUCCAUCUGGAAGAUGCUGGAACCAUGGCUUUAACAGACAGUCUUCAGCUUCCUGCUUGCCUGGGCCCCGGAACACAGGGCUAGAUGGUCCUUCAAGACUCGCCCUUGCUACAGAAGAGGUCUGUUUUGCUGGGGCAAAAGGGUUGAAAGUCUGAGAGCUGCACAGUCUUCAUUUUGAGUCUCAGGUUCAGAGGGUUCCUGAGGCUCUGCCUCUUUGCCUCAGUUUCCCCACUGACUCUGCACAUCUCUGCAGUAAUGAAAUGAUGAGAGCAUCUCACUGUGACUCUGUUGCUCUGUGGGCUUUCUCAAGCAGGAAGUCACUCCUGGGAUCACCCCUAAAUCCAGCAAAGAAUACCAUAUUAUCUGCUCUCUUUCUCCAUCUGGUUGGGACUUUUGGGGGGGAACACCUGCUUUUUGGUACUCAGAUCUCAUUAUGUUCAACCCCUCCAAUUCCCUUGCCCAGAAUACUUGUCAUUCACCAGCAACUCAGAUGGUUGGUAGGAGGCUUGAGUUCUAGCCCUGACUGCAGCUCUUCCUGCUGUCUGACCGUGGGCCUCAGCUUCCCUUGUGUAUACAAUGGGGGAUCUGAACCAGGUGGUUCUUAAGGUCUCUUCAGAAGCCAAUGAGUCGGAAUUUUAAUGCCGGCACUACCAUGGAUAAUCAGCAUGGGCCCUGCUUUCAAGUUGCUAGUCAUCCCUUUAGGGGAGAUAAGUUUUAAUUAGGGGAAAGGUGAAGAAUUCCAGAGUUGUGUGCCUUGAAAUCCAAGGGCCAUCACAGUGCAGGUCGUGCGCUCCAAGAGCAGUUUCCAGGAUGGCACAGGAGGACUUUGCAGAAAGGAGAUAGGUCUGAAAGCUAACAAACCCGGUUGUCGGUGUGGCCUCCACCUCUUGGCAGCUACUGACCUUGAAUAAGUAACAAUUCCCUCAAGCCUCAGUUUCCACAUCUGUAGAAAGGAGCUGACUUUCCCCCUAGAGGUGUAUUUAACUUCUGUCUCCCAUCAGGAGCGUCUUCAACUAGUCCCAUUCAGCUGGUCAGGAUGGAUGGGGUUUCUCUUUACCCUCAAUACCUAGGUCUCCACUUUUGGGACAUUGUAAAGGGGUCACCCCCGCACUGCCCCAGGCCAAAAGGGUUGAGUCAAAUGGAGACAGAGCGAAUAGCUCCACCCCACAGGACUCUGGCCCCUCCUGAGUCCUCCUCUUCUCUCAUUUCUCGAUACUUCCUUUAGAGCACUGAAGCUGGCUUAUGCUGGCUUGUGAAAGCUGGUUGUUAAAUUUUCAGACUUUUGCAAGCUCAUUAUUAAGCACAGUUGCUAAAAAAUUAAAUUAUUUAAAUUUAUACUUAAGUAAAUUAUUUUAAAAAACAAGGUAAUGUAUACUCUAAGCGCAUCACUUCCUUAUUUUACUGCAUUUUGCUUUCGUCUGUGCUCUUAAGGUGAUGUACAGCUAUUGUAUCCCAGGAGGAGCAUGGGGGAGGGGCACGGCCCACCCCUUGCCAAUUCUGUGUUCAGUGAUGUCAUGUUGGUCACCUGAGAUGUCCACGGGGAGUGUCUUUGCAUCAGAGAGACUGAGGAACAUGAUAGAUUGGGGCUUGAUGUUUUGUUGAUUUUCCAGUCUCAACAAUGUGAUGGAUGAAAUGUUAAUAAUGUAAAUUAAACUUAACAAUUUCUCCUGUCUGUAGUUGAUACAUUGUGAAUGGCACAAAAAAAAUGGAGGGGAUUAUUAUCCAAUUCAGCCAACAGGUGGCUCAUGUCACCAGUGAAGGCGUCUGGACACACAUCUUCCUUGUUUUACUUCCAUCUCGCUCAUUAACGUGAACAGAAAUUUCAACCAGCAUUCGUGUCACAACUACACGCGUGCUUCAGUGAUGUGAGCACCUUCCUUACUGAGUCGUGUUGCUGUCAAGCAUUUCUUCGUGGUCUAAUUUUGUGAAAUCAUGGCUAAAUUGCAGUGACAGUUGGUUUUGGAAUCCAGAGUUUGACAGGAAAAUCAAUGAAAACAUUUCUGAGAGAAUUAGUUGGCUAGAUGGAAUUUACAAUGAAGAGUAUUUACAAUAAAGUGUUUGUUAUUAUUUGUAAA